CAGACGUUUGUUGACGCAAUGUUCACGGCAGCGAAGACCUUGAGCACAUGAAAAUAAAAUCAUAACAGCACAUGUAACUGUUAUCAUCACGAACACGUGUCUAAAUCAUGGCUAAACGGAUAAUAUAUCCUUUAUAUCAGCUGGGAAACCCUCAGAUGAGAUUAUUUCGCCCGCCCUUCACCAUGACCCUUGUCAGACCAGGAAAAGAACAGCCACCUGACACAGUACAGUUUCGCAUUCCCAUGGAAAUAACGAAAUUUGAUGUGAGAAACUACCUAGAGACGAUCUACAGCGUUCCUGUUGCAGCCGUACGCACAAGGAUUCAGUACUUUUUAGUGAGAGAGAGGACAGGAAGCGAAGUGGGAGAGAGAAGGGGGCGGGAUCGGGAUCGGGAAAGGACCACGAGAUGGGAAUCUAACCGGGUCGCCCGAUGCGCAACCGUACCACAUGUCGGAGCACUGCCCACGAGGCUAUCGGCUCCAACUCCUGACAGAUGUUUUAAAUAUUUUAUUUAACCUUUAAUAGUGAAAUUGUGUUAGAAUUGAUUCAUUUACGUACUUUGAUGUAUAUUUUGCAUUACUUGAUACAGAACCGAUUCGGUGAAUCGUUGUGUUUGUACUCAAAAAAGUUUUCAGAAGUGUUCACACGUUGUUGUAUUUAAGUUACUUAAAUAGAGUAGAGACUACUACACAACAGUGCACAACAAUAGUUGUUUUUGUUCAUUAAAAAGUAAUUCACCCAUAAAUAUAUGCUGAAUUUCAUUAAUAGGCUAAAAAUAAAUAGAUUUCUGUUUUUUACUUUUUACAUUUUUGUUUCACUCCGUUAGAUACAUGAAUAAUAAUGCCAAAGGCUAAGUAAAUAAUGAUGGGGUUAUUACAGGCUUUACGUCUGGUCAACGCAGAGGGAACCACUUUUACAAACUUGCCAGUUGGGUUUUUGCCACUGGGUUUUUCCGUGCGGUCUCCACACCAACAGUGUGUAGAGGGCCAACAAGCAAAGUGGCCAUUUUUACAACCGCAGCGUAAAGCAGAAAAAAUAACGCGGAACACCCAUUAGGUUAAAAAAAGACCACGUCAGAAAAGGCAUCCCGCUCUGCGUCAUGGGUUCCACUUCGCUGAUAGUUUAAAGGAAGUGGAGAAAGGGGGGGGGGUAGAAAUCCCAGGCUCAAGGCAUCUAUUCUUUUUCCUACAGAGUAUUUUGGAAGGGGUUUCUAUAACUACCCCUCGGGCCUGGGAUUUGUAACAUAAUAGUAGCCAGCCAACACACAACCUUAGAAGAGAGCCUGAUUGAAUAUUUAUUUAUACUAUAUAAUGUGUUGGGUGGGAGUGUGGGAAUGGAAGCAGGGAUCGCAGGCACGAACAAAAGCGCUUCUCACCUGUUUUGCGGGUUGACCGUUCAGAUGACCCCGAGUGGAGGGAGUGUUUGUGUUUUUAGGGUUUCCGUGCUCUGGUAAAGGUAGAUCGCUGCUGAUGUGCGUAUGAUUUACAAUAAGACGACCAAUCACACAAGCCUGCAUUGAGUUGAGCUGAGUCUUAAAGGAACAGUUCACCCAAAAAUAAAACCUGUAUGACUUUCUUCUGUGGAACACAAAGUUAGGCCUGAAUGUCCGCACCAGAGGUCGCGUUAACCGAAAAAUUCUCUUGUCAUUGAGGGAUUUUUUUUUUACCAGUGACGGAAAAAUCUGAAGGCAUCAGUCAUUUUGAUGGAUUACAAUAAGGGCAAUUUGUAACUCCCUGUUUUGUCGUUUCCCUUCAUUAGAGCAUGAUCAUAGGCUACUACCCCUGCCCUGAACAUGACCGCGAAGGGAUGUGUGUUUCGCAUUCAUUAGCUCACUUACAAUGCCUGGUCCGUUUUGGAAAAUGUGCGCGCGGUCAGCGGAGACUCGCGGUGCAGGUGCAUCUGUCACAGACCCCCUCGUCGCAUCUACGCAUUCACACAAAGACGCGCAGUGGUGCAAUGUUUACAGAGUUUUUUCCUUCAGAAAAGCAACUAGCGUCUUUUUGGUUAAACAUUAGCUUUCAGUGAGUGGAAAAACAUCUCUCUCACCAUCUUCUCUGAGCAGCAGAAGCAGCACGUUCAUGACCAAACCAUGCUUUACUUGUGAGUGAGUGAGUAAAAAACACCCUUUACAAGCACCUGUCAUUGUUACUGACUAGAUAUAUGAACAUAAACAUUUGUCUGUAAUUAUUAUCUUAUGUCUGACAACAAAAACAUUAAAUAUAUAAAUGAAUAUAAACAAC